AUGAAUAAUCCUGUUUUGAAUGCUGCAAAAACAGCUUUAUCAAAAUAGUUAUAGAUUUCUGAUCCUACUUUAAUUUAUAAGCAUUUCUUAAAAUACCCAAAUCUAUGUUCAAAAGAAUUAUUGUAAAAUGAAAAUUAUUAAGAAAUACUAAAUAAAUUAAUAUUUUUAGGAGGAUUUCAUGAAAGAAGAAACUGUGGAACUAUUAUAAAAGAUAUGGUUGCUAAUUGUUUAAGAUAAUUUAGAGAUUUGGAACCUAAUUUAGAUAUUUCAAAUUUAGUUUAAUUAUUCUUAACAUUAAGCAAUGUUUUAAUAUAUGAUGAAAAAAUAAUUACUUAUAUUCUUAAUUAAUUGAAACAGAAAUAAGAUUAAAUUUAGGUUAAAUAAUUGCAAUCUAUUUCACAUUGUUUUUAUAAACUAGGAAUAUAAGAUUAAUAUUGGCCUGAUCUUAUGCAUCAAAAGGUUCUAAGUUAUAGUAAAGUUUUUGGAAUUUAAGAUUUAGUAUAGUAUAUCCAUAUAGUUAGCAAUUAAGUUUUAUUAAAUAAUGUUUAAGAAGAGAGGCUAUUUUAAUUAUUAGAAUUAUUGUAAUAUAAAUUUAUACAUCAAAAAAAACAUAUUUACUUAUCAAAAUUUUAAUUUUAGUUCACUUAAUUAUUAUUUAAUUUAUAUCCAGAACUUAUAAAGUAAAAGUAUGAUUAUCCUUAUUGUAAUGAAGAUAAUAGAUAUAAAAUCUUUUUUAAUAAUUUUAAGAAAUACUAUUAGAUAUGUAGAUUACUUCUAGAUAGAAAAGAAAGUAAUAUAUCAGUAGAUUAUUUUGAAAAUGAUAAUUUUCCUAAUUUAAUAAGAACAAAGGAUGAUUUAAUUGAAAAAAAAUAAUCAUAAUUUGAAUAAAAUAUAGAGUAACUAUUAAAGAGGUUAAAAUUAAAUUAUAAAUGCUAACAAAAAAUAAGCAUAUAUGAUAUUGACUUUUUUGUAGAGAAUUCAUUUUUAAUAAAUUGUAAUGGACCGACUCAUUAUAUUGAGAAUUUAGAAAAGGAAGUAUUAAGAAAAUCUCCUAAUUUUUUUAUGUAGCAAAGGUAAAAGAUAAUACUUAAAAAAAAGACAUUUGAAACAACUAGAUAAUUAUAAAAUAAUAGACUUAGAUUUUUAUUUUUGGGACAAAUACGAUACUUCAGAUAAAUAUACCUAAGAGUUCAAGAAAUUGUUAAAUUUAAUAUGA